AUUUGCGGAAAUAAUGCCUCUCCGGCUCUGGCCGGUGGUUAAAAAAUGUGAAAUUGAGGCUAUUUGUGAAAUUGAGGCCAUUUGGCCUAGCCCUCGUGUUGGCGUUUUGCAAGAAGCUCGAAUGUAUCUUCUAACUUGAAAGCUGAAACGGAGUGAGCCAUGUUGAAGACAAAGGUUUUCAUUAAGAAAACCAGAAAAGGAGGUAUCGUAAAAAUCGUCAGGGAACAUUACUUGAGAGAUGAUGUAGGCUGUGGCGCAGAACAGUGCGAUACUUGUGUUUUAAACAAACGAGCUCUGUCAAAGAAUCCUCAGUCGUUCUCGACUUUGUGCGACUUUCCACAUUAUAUCUUGCCAGACACAAACGUGGUCCUUCGACAGCUGGAUGUGCUGGAAGAUAACCUAAUUCAAAAUGUAAUUCUUCUUCAAACAGUUUUAGAUGAGGUAAAAAGUCGAAGCUUUGUCACUUACAAGAGGAUCAGAGAAAUUAUUGAAAGACCAGAUAAACAUUUUUAUGUAUUUUGCAAUGAACACCAUUGGGAAACAUAUGUUGAGAGAUUAAAAGGGGAGACUCCAAAUGACAGAAAUGAUAGAGCAAUUAGACUUGCUGCAAGCUGGUAUGACAAACACCUUGAGUUAUGCAGCUUAGAAAAGGACUCCACUGAUAGAGUGUCCAUUGUGCUUUUAACUAAUGACAUUGCAAACAAAGAAGCUGCUAUUUCUGGAGGUAUUGAGGCUUAUACAGUGCAUACGUAUAUCAAAAGCAUUACUGGGAGUCCUGACCUAUUUGAGAAACUUGCACAGGCAGAUGACAAAGGAAGAAGAGAUGAUUCGAUCAUCAAAGAUGGGAAAGUUCUAUUCCCAGAGCAUCUUUCACUCUCUGAAAUUCAAGUUGGACUAAGAACAGGCAAAUACUUUCAGGGAUCUUUCAGUGCAAGUAGGGAAAAUUACCUAGAAGGACAAGUAAAAGUUUCUGAAAAUGAAUCGAUAUUUAUACAAGGCCUAGCGAAUCUAAACAGAUCCGUCGAUGGAGACAUUGUUGCUGUGGAGAUUUUACCAAAAGACAGGUGGAUGAAGCCGUCUUCGAUGGUGGUUGAGGAGAACGAAGAAGAAAGCGAAGAGACGCCAGAAAUAAUUGAUGAUGAGACAAAAGCAGAUUCCCUUUUAAAGCCAACUGGAAAGGUUGUGGGUAUUGUCAAACGUUGUUGGAGGCAGUAUUGUGGUGCUAUUUCACCUUCCGGGGAUCCAAAGGGGACCCGUCACCUCUUCAAGGCUGUCGAACGAAGAAUACCGUUGAUUAGAAUCGAAACGAGGCAAGCUGAGAGGCUGAUGGGAAUGAGAAUCAUUGUCAGUAUCGAUGCAUGGCCAAGGACGUCAAGGUACCCCCAGGGUCACUACGUCAGGAUCCUUGGGGAGAUCGGAGACAAAGAAACUGAAACCAAAGUUUUGCUGUUAGAACACGACAUACAGGACGCGCCAUUUAGCAACCUCGUUUUGAAGGAUUUACCCGAAAUGCCAUGGAUAAUCACCCCUGAGGAUUAUGCCGAGCGACGUGAUUUGCGCCAACUUGAUAUUUGUAGCAUAGAUCCCCCCGGAUGCACUGAUAUCGAUGACGCGCUUCAUUGCAGGACGUUGGAUAAUGGAAAUUUUGAGAUUGGGGUGCACAUUGCUGAUGUAACCCACUUUAUAAAGCCCGGAACCAACAUCGACAUGGCGGCGGCUAAGAGAGGAACAUCAGUUUACCUUGCUGACAGGAGAAUUGACAUGAUUCCAGCUCUGCUCAGUUCGGACCUCUGUUCUUUGAGAUCCAAAGUGGAAAGGUUUGCAUUUUCUUGUGUUUGGGAGCUGACACCAAAUGCUGAAAUCGUGAAGACAGAAUUCUUUAAAAGUAUUUUGGCUUCCAAGGCUUCAUUGACAUAUGCUGAGGCUCAAAACAUUAUAGACGAUCCUUCAAGAACGGAUAACCUUGCUGCUUCCUUACGCAACCUGAAUUCAUUGGCAAAGAUAUUGAAGAAGGGUAGACACGAUAAAGGAGCCCUAAUUCUUGCGUCUUCGGAAGUUCGCUUCGCCUUGGACAGUGAGACCCAUGACCCUAUCGACCUAAUCACGAAAGAACACAUGGAAACGAACUCGUUAGUUGAAGAAUUUAUGUUGCUGGCAAACAUUUCCGUCGCCAAGAAGAUUUAUGAAUGCUUUCCACAAUUCGCCAUUCUCCGAAACCAUAGGCAACCGCCAGCCAGCUAUUUUGAGCCGUUGAUUAAGGCUGGUGAAGGGAAGAACCAUAAAAUCGUCGUUGAGACGGGCAAGUUGUUGCAAGUUUCUUUGGAUCAGCUUAAGAGUGAUGACCCCUUCGUAGACACCAUGUUUAGAAUUCUGACUACUCGCUGCAUGACGAGGGCGUCCUAUCUUUGUUCUGGGACAGAGACAGAAGAUAAUUUUUACCACUUUGGAUUGGCCACGCCAAUCUACACGCAUUUCACGUCCCCCAUCCGGAGGUAUCCUGACAUUCUUGUACACAGACUUCUGGGUGUAGCAAUAGGGGCCUACGAGCCUUACCCUUCUCUGCUCAAUAAGGAUCUAGCACAGGAACUCUGCCAGCAUUUGAACUCAUGUCACCUCAUGGCUCAACGUGCAGGAAGAGCCUCGAUUCAGCUUCACAUGCAGAUAUUUUUCAAGGAUCGGGCUGCUGAAGAAGAAGGCUAUAUUUUAUCUGUUCGAAAAAAUGCUAUCCAGGUUUUGGUACCAAAGUUUGGAUUAGAAGGAACAGUUUUUCUUAGCAAGCAAGAUACGAAAGAGAAAAGUCCAUUUACAUAUGACCCGGAGAAUGGAACACAAACGCAUGGUGAUAUUGUACUGCGUGUGUUUGACAAAGUCGUUAUUAGAAUCAGCAUAGCAAAGAGAGACUUUCAAAAUGACCACAUGCAACUUAAACUGGUUUAUCCAAGGGUUUCUGGCCUAAGCAUCCCUCCCAUUGCCGAAGAGGCGAUUGAAGAUACUGCACCGUCCCGUAAGAAGCUGCGAAGUAAGUAAUUUGUCCAGGCUGCUCCAGAAAUCCGCGGAAGAUAUCCUCGAAGCAAGUUAUGGAUAAACAAAUGACUACUGGAAACUACCGAACCUAAGUUUUUUUAUGGGAAUAGGUCAUGUUUCAUCAAAACUGUCAUUUUGUUUUAUAGCCUAUAAGUAGAAUUUGUAUGCUU